GCGGUGCAAGAGACGUACCAGUGCGAGUUGUCUGAGGCCGAGAUCAUUGCCUACUACGAGCUGAAAGAGCGUCUGCGACAGCAGAAGGCUCCGGAUGCACCGGUGGAAAGCACAGAGCCAGAGGAGCAAGAUGCUUGGGUUCGUCAAGCCCUCACGCUGGAGGAACGCCGGGUGCUACAGCAGGCCCUGAUGAGGCGCCUUGUUAGCUGCCUGGAUCGGCUUGACCAGGUGCAGCGGGACAAGCCAGGCAACUACCGGCUCUGGCGUGGCAAACUGGUCUCGGAGCGGUACUGGGCCUCGCUGCUGGAGGCGGAGCAGAUAGUCUCCGACGAGAUCAGUAGCUGCGUAUCAGAGGCAGCCAUUCUGGAACCGGGCUGGAACUACUGGCGACGCUUAGAGUUGCUGAGGUUUCAGGGCCGGGCUCCAGAGAGAAGGGUAGUUUCUGCAUGUCCCCGGGCCUCCAACACCGUCAAAAGCCGGCGUCUUUUUCAGCUUAGCGGCCUGCAUCCUACUUUCAAGGAUCCCAGCAGUGCAACGCGAGACGAAGGAAGGUUUCGGGCGAGUCUAGUCCAAGCGGACACGUCUGGUUGCCCGACAUCCUUUCUUCUACCCCCCCCCCCCCAACCAAUGUGCCGAGUACAGCAUCCGGGUGGGUGCCUCGCGUUCUUGGAAUCCAAGUCCUGGUUGGCGUGCUGCUGGCCACCCUGUUCAGCGAACCAUGCCCUGCACCGGGGUCUCUUCUGA